CUACUGUAAAGACAUGCAAGGGCCGGGUCCUCAAAAAACCGUCGUGGUUCGUAUAUAGUGACAUUGGACCGGGCCGGGCCUUUAAAAUAAAAAUAAAGGACCAUCCUUCGUUUUCGUCUGGAUACGAGCAUGGGGUUUUAGGGUACUGUGGUGCGUUUAGCGUUAUAAAGUGGCUCGCCAUCGCUAAAAACCAAUGUGUUUCGACGGAGAACGGGAUCCAAUAAAACGCAGCGUGGUCCGUUGAAAUUCGAUUUAUGGAUGACGGAACGUUGCGCAUCAGACUAUACGUCUAUACCGGAGUACCUAUUGGAAAAUGGAAAAUGUGGGCAAUGGGCAUAUUCUACCUUCAUAUUAUCAAUGUAGGUAUAUCGUUCUUACCUACCUCAAUUGCGCCUGCAAAAGUCUACAAUUUGCGUGCGUUUAAGAUUAUAACCUUUUAAAAGAAGUACCUAGUUAAAAUAAGUUAUGAAAAGUUAGUUGGUUUGUUUAUAAUAUAACCCCAUGGUUAUAUUAUAGCCAUGUAUAUUAAUUAUCUAGAGUCGCACAUAGUUUAUGCUAUUAGAAUCCCUACCUUUAAUUUUUUUCCAUUUUGAGUUUCAAAUAUUAUACCUAUAUAGAUAUAGUAUUAUAAAUCUAGAGGAUAUUUAACUUACAUAAAUAUUUUAUUUGAAAACUAAGAUAAAUCGUUCGAAAACAAUAACAAUUCAGAUUAUCCAAAAGUGAUCAAUAAUCGUCUAAAAUAUGAUGCGUACGAAAAGGUAACUUAAAUAUUAAAUAAUGAUAUUAGAAGUGUUUAUUACCUUCUCGGGACAAAUGCACUUUACCACCCCACGUCAAUUUUUUGAUUUUUCUUUUGGAACUUGCUUAUAUUAACUAUUUAAGAACAAUGGUGCAAUCAGAAUUUGUCGGAAACCAUUAUUUUAGAAGUUAUAGGCGUUAUUCCAAAGUUUGCGUUAUUACGUUUAUACGCAUGCACGCCACACGACUUUAAUGCCGCACGCAGCGCCUAUAAUUAAUUUCAAAUUUUUUUUUUACGUAUUUUAACGACUUAAGAAUGAUGAUGAAAUCACAAUUUGCAUAAUCAGCUAGUCUUGCACAAUCAGCGCUGCGCUCGGACGAACGAAUCGAAAAUAUCCCCAGAUUUGCUGGGUAAAACCCCCUUGGAAAGGCCUCAGAGUUAAACUAAGUUGUUAAAAAGCACAUAAUGUGCAAGCGUUGCCACUCGCUCGCUGUGCUGCGCUCGGACAACGACAAAAAGACAUGAUAAACCAUAAACGUAUAGCGUUGCACUCAUGCGUAAAAAAUGUAAAAUUGCCAACUUCCAAAGGCUUUAACUUAAAAACUAAGUCCUACCGACAAAUUCUGAUUGCACCAUUGUUCUUAAAUAAUUAAAAUGAGUAAGUUCCAAAAAAAAAAAAAUCAAAAAAAUUGCAUGGGGUGAUAAAGUGCAUUUUAGUAAUUUUUAAAAGUGUAAAGAAGGUACAUUAUAUUUUAUAUUAUUCAAUAGAAGCAUGAAUAUGUUUUAAUAACUUAUUUUCAAAUUACAUACUAAUCAGAAUUAGAAUUUAAUCAUAUUAUAAUUUAUUUUAUUUAUAACACAUCUUGAAUCUUAUACCUACCGGAAAAAUAAAUGUAUUUAUCGAAAUACCUACUAAGAAAUCCAUAGGCAACUGAAUAUGCAAUAUUGAGGUUAUCACUUUAUCAGAAAGUAUCUUACAGUGAUAAGUAUUAAAUAAACGGGAAAUUAUUAACUUUCCAGACUUCCAGUAUAGUAUCCAGUGUUAUUGUUUAUACAUAAGUUUAUCUAUGAUAAAUACUUAAUAAAUUUUAAAUAAUAAGAUUAUGUAGCUUACAAUCUACACUCUACAGUAUUAUUUUACUUAUUUUUACCCAUGUAAAAAAUAACAACAUACUUAACUAAUUAUUUCUUUAUUUUUGUUCUUAUAAAUACAUUAUUUUAUAAUAUAUACGCACAAGUAUCUGAACCUUGUAUGCACAUCUUAAUUUUUUUUCUGUUUUGUUGAACCCCAAUAAAUAGUUAUUAAAUAUUAAUUCAUAUAUAUAAACUUAUUAAUUUUAUUUAGUUAUAGUUUUUGUAAAAACAAUACUGUUUAGUACUUACAUUUUUAUAAGAUAUUCAGUGUUUAAUAUAUUUGAAUAAUAUGUCCUCUACAAUUUGCGGUAAAAUAACGGACGAUCCGGGGUCAGUUGCUGCAUUGCGUGUAGCUCUCCAAAUGUUGGCAGAACGUUGUGAAAGGCUACAAUCUCGAUUAGACAUAGUCGAAAAAGAAAAUGUUACUAUAAAAAGCCACUGUACAUGUCAAACAGUCAACAACAAAUCUUCAGAAGUUAAUAUUCAAGAGUUAUCUUGUAAAAAGCAACAGUUGGUUGAAUAUUUAAAAAUUGUUACAAAUGAAAAUCGUACAUUGUGGACAACAUUGUCAUCAUUAGAUAAUCCGGCAGUUCAAUCAAAUGAUAAAAUCAAGCCGAAGAACUCUUUAGCUAUUAUAGACAACUAUAUAAAAUAUAAUGAUGUUGAUUUCAAGAUGGAUUCUAAUUGCAUUAUGGAUACAGAUGAUGAUUUAAUAAGUCUUCAGUAUAGUUCAGAUGAUGAAUCUUGGCCUAUGUUAUUGUCUGAACUCAAUGCAUACAAAGAAAAAUUAACCUUAGCUAAACAUUUACUUGCCGAUCAAAAUGAUUUAAUUUUGAAUAUCACUUCAAGAUUUAAUCUACUUGUCGAGGAAGUCAAAGUUAUAAAGCCUUCAGCAGAGUAUCGAGAUGCAGAAACAUUGACAAAUUCUACAUUUGAUUCCACCACAGCUUGUAUUUGUGGGGUUCGUGCAAAGCCAGAUAACCAUAGUAUAUGUCCUUUAUGUAAAUUAUACAUUGUGGGAGCUGAAGGUGAUAAAAUGUUUGAUAAAUUAGUUGAACACGUAAGCAGUCAUUUUCCCGAUGAAGAACCUGAAACUAUAAUUGAUAGCUUAUCUGGACACUAUUAAAAAUGUUCAUAGCAAUCCAUAAUCAUUGUUUAUAU